CAUUACGUUCAUUUUCAUCACGCAAGACGCAACAAGCGUAAAUCCAUCGUCAUAAGAGAAAUUCUUUUGUUUAUUCACUAUAUUUUGUGAAUGUAAAUUGUAUACGUAAACUAAAUUUGUGUAUUUAAAAUAUUUAGAUUGAAAGUAAAGUAUAAGAAAAAACUAGCGCAAUGUCGAUUAUUGACGACGUCGAGUUGAUCGAGGAGGUGAGAAAACGUCCAUUACUUUUCAACAAUAGAUACCGAAAUUGUGACGAUGCAAAGGAAGAAGCAUGGGUCGAAAUCGGUAACAAACUUAACGCAAAACCCAAAGAGGUACGAAGCCGCUGGAGAAGUUUACGUGAUAAAUUUGUACGAGAAAAGAAAGUAAUCUUACAUAAAGGUAUAGGUAAUAAAAACCUAGAAACCGUGGAAACAGAAUGGCCCUUAAUGGAAAAUAUGUCAUUUAUAUGGCAACAUAUUGUGCACAGAAGAAAAAGACGAUCAAAAUUAAAAGAUGAUAUAAAAAAUGAAUCUGUUGAAUUAUCAGAUAAUUUGACAGAAAAUGCAGAAUGGUAUGUUGCUUUAGAUGUUGACAGAAAUGAUCAAAGUCAUGUGUCUAAAUCUGAUGUGGAAAUAACUCCAUCCGUUAAAAGAAAACACGUAAUUGAUUACGAGGAAUCACCUAUUGACGAGGUAGGAGAAUUUGUUCCUGUUUCGGAAGGUGAAGAAAAUUACUCCCAAAGAGUGGACCAAACAGAAUCAUUUAUCGCUGAUGACAAUCAUUAUUUCUGCAUGUCAAUCGCUGAGACAUUGAGAAGAUUUUCGACGCGUCAGAGAGCAGAAGCUAAGUUAAAAAUGCAACAAUUAUUAUUCGACGUUGAAUUUAAUUAUAGUUCAUCUAACAUAGAGUAAAAAAAAAUGACGAUAUUUGAUUAAAUUGUUUAAAAAUGAAAUCAUUAAUAGUAAAAAAAAAAAAUUAAAGUUUUAAUAUCUACGAAAGAAAAUAUAUAAAUUAAAGGAAUAAUUCAGAGUAAAUCACAAUAGAUUAUUAAAUGUUUAUUUUGUUAUUGAAUUCAAAAUUAAAUUAUGGUUUUAAAUAUUGGAUUUGCUCUGUGAUCCUUUAAAUAAAUUUUCGAAAUAUUGAAUCUUAAUUGAUGUAAAUGAUUUUUUCAACAUGUUUCUCAAUGAUUAUUAAUUAUAAUAUCUUCGGAUUAUUAAUUAAUAUCAUAAGAUUAUUGAUUAUUUAUAAUAAUAUACGAUUAUAAUUAUUCGUUUAAAGAAAUCAGUUUCUUUUGACUUUUUCUACAGUUGAAUAAUUUUUUUAUUAGAACUAUAUAAAUAUAAAUGUAAUAUUUUUAAACAAAAAGAAAAAAAAUAAAAUCACUGUACUAACUACAGUGAUUUAAUUAACGUUA